UUCUUGCAAAAAUAAUAAUGGGAAAGAUGGUGGAGAUAGGGAUGAAGAAAGGGCCAUGGACACCUGAAGAAGAUGAGAUUUUAUCAAGUUAUAUUAAGAGAGAAGGUGGAGGGAGGUGGCGGACACUGCCUAAGAAGGCGGGGCUCCGGCGGUGUGGGAAGAGCUGCCGCCUCCGGUGGAUGAACUACCUUCGUCCUUCUGUCAAACGAGGCGGCAUCUCACCGGAGGAAGAAGACCUCAUCCUCCGCCUCCACUGCCUUCUUGGAAACCGGUGGGCUUUGAUAGCGGGAAGAAUUCCCGGGAGAACAGAUAAUGAGAUAAAGAACUAUUGGAACACAAAUCUUAGUAAGAAGUUGAUUAGUCAAGGGAUUGAUCCAAGAACUCAUAAACCAUUAUCAUCAUCUUCUUCAAACCCUAAUUAUCAGAAUUUUGUUCAUUUAUCUUGUUCGAUGGAACAACCGGAAGUGGGUUUGCCAAAUUCCAAUGAAAUCAUCUCAAACCCUAAUUCCAACAAAGAUGAAAAUAAAGAAGAUGAGAUUCUUAGCUACUCUGCUGAUGAUGCGUUCUUGGAUUCGUUAAUUAAUGAAGAAAUGUGACCGUGAUGAUGAUUAAGAAUAUCAAGAGCAGUUCUUAUCUUCACCU